AUGUCGUUCGUCCAAGUUUCCGAAACAAACGACGGUGAUAAAGAAGUGGUGGACUUGCCGUUGGAAAAAGAUGGCACCCUCUUGUUGUCCACUCUUCGUGCACAAUAUCCGGACGCUUGCGGCUUGAAGUACGUAGCUCCGGAUAAUGGCCGGACUCGAGCUCUACGGCUUGCCGAUGAUAAGCUACAUCCACCUACUGAAGAUGGGUGGGGCGACAUUGUAUACUUUUGUUCAUUCAACAAGGAUAAUGGACAGAAAAGGAAAUUGAACGAAGAAUUUGAAAGUGAUGUUGAGCGAGCAUCCAAGGAUCCCAAGUCUGAGGCAACAUCAACAGCUUGGAAGAAUCGUGAUUUACUUGUGCUCGGUUUACCAUGGAAAACGACUGAUGAGGACUUAGAAAGUUACUUUAGUAAAUACGGUGAACUGCGCAUGGCACAAAUUAAAAAGACAACUGAUGGUAGAUCAAGAGGUUUUGGAUUUAUACGAUUUAAAGAACAAGAAUCUCAAGUGCGGUCAAUGUUAGAUUCUCAUGUGAUAAAUGGAAGGCGGUGUGAGAUUAAAAUACCAAACAUUAAGGAUGCAUUUAUAAAUGAAGCGCCCAAGAAAAUAUUUGUGGGGCAACUGACUGAAAGUAUAACUCAAGAAGAUCUAGAAGACUAUUUUAAAAAAUUUGGAGAUAUUGUUGAAGUGUUUGUUCCUCGUCCAUUUAAAGGGAUUGCCUUUGUAUCAUUCACCAAACCAGAUGCUGCACUCACUGCUCUUGACCAGGAUCACACCAUCAAAGAUAUUCGUCUCAGUGUAUCUGUUGCUAUGCCUAAAGAUAAGGACCAAAGGUCACGUGGUGGACGCAGUAGUGGCGGCGGCGGCGGUGGUGGGGGCGGCGGCGGAAGUGGGGGAAAUCCAUAUGGUGGUCGUAUGAGAGGAAGUCGAGAUUCCUACAGUAGUCGUGAUCACUACUAUGAUAAUGGUGGUUGGGAUGAUUAUGACCGGGGCAGUAGUUAUUCAGAUCGUUAUAGAAAUAAUAGUCGUUAUGAUAGAAAACCAUAUGAUAGUGGCAGAUCUUACAAUUCUGGGCAGGUAUGGAGAAAAAAUGAAUAUUCUGAUUCAUCGUCUGUAUCCCAAUCUAAAGAUGUUAGUGGCCAGUUAGAUCCAAAUUUAGUAGCUGCAGUAGUAGAAAAGACAGUGAGGGGAGUAAUGGGAAAUAUGGGCAAAUAUGAAUAA